CAGCGCGGCGGCUUCGACUCGGAUCGGACGGGCAAGCCGGCGCCAUUUUGUCGGUGUCGGCUGCGAAGUGGGACGGAGUUCGGCGUUCUUGUGUCUUUACAUCGUCGGAAUCAAUUUCUUCACUGUAGAUUGCUACAUUCAAAAAUUUCAGAAGAGCUGCAUUUUCAGUAAUCCAUAACAAUGGGCUACGAUAAAUAUGAUAAACGUGAAACCAGUCGAAGUGAGCGGAGUGGCCGUUAUGGCUCUGAAUGGAACAGAGAUGACCAUAGAGAGUCACGGGGUAGACGUGAUUAUGACUAUAAAGAUGUUGAUUAUCGUGCUCCGCCAAAUCACAGCAGGGACUACGAUCGUGAUAGACGUCGCAGUGACUAUCGGAAUAAUGACCGCUAUCAUGAUUACAGGAACUAUGAGAAUUCUGAGAAUUGUGAAGAUGACAGCAGAUUUGAAAGACCCGAGGGAAGCCAGUACUAUGAUGGUGACUACAAGGACCAUGAUUACAGAAAUGAUGGAACUGAAGAGAGGGAGAACAAAACAAUUAUGUUAAGAGGUCUUCUGCCAUCAACAACCAGGGAGGAUAUUCUUGAAAUAUUUCAGGACAGUGAUGAAUUUCACCCCAAGGAUGUGCGAGUGAUGAAGUGUAAAGUAUCAGGUCAAAGCCGUGGUUUCGCCUUCGUGGAGUUUAAUCACUUGCAGGACGCAACAAGAUGGAUGGAAGCCAACCAGCAGCGUACCCUCACCAUUCUUGGAAAGUCAGUUUCGAUGCACUACAGCACAAAGCCUUUUGAAGACUGGAGUUGCAACAAGUGUGGGGUGACUAACUUCAAACGACGAGAGAGAUGUUUUAAAUGUGAUGCUCAGAAACCUGAAACUGAAGAGGAGCAAGGUCGUGUGCAGGGUGAACCAUUUAUGUCUGACUAUGCAAAUGACACCAUUAUUUUAAGAAACAUAGGUCCACACACACCAAUGGAAUCUAUCCUGAGUGCAUUGGCUCCGUAUGCUGUGCUGUCUGCUGCAAAUGUCAGGUUGAUCAAGGACAAGCAGACCCAAUUAAACAGGGGAUUUGCCUUUGUUCAGCUGGAUUCAUCUUUUGAAGCUUCUCAUCUUAUUCAGAUACUGCUUGCUCUACAGCCUCCAUUAAACAUUGAUGGUCGGACCAUUAAUGUUGAUUUUGCCAAAUCUUUAAAGAAGGACCAUAUCCUUUCUGAUGGUAAUAAGAUCAGUUCGUCAACUGUUGCGAUCACAGCUAUUGCUGCAGCCCAGUGGUCGUCAAGCCAGGUGGGACAAGGAUCAGAAGACGGCAACAUUGACUACAGCUACUUUCAACCUGGACAGGAUGGCUACAAUCAAUACGAUCAAAUGGCAUAUUCACAAGAUUAUGGACAAAGUGGCUCUGCAGAUUCCACCCAACAAGGAUUGGCAGUGUACCAAACACCUGCAGUAAUUUCAGCUCCUCCUAUGGUUGCUAAAUCUGCAACCGUUUCCCAAGAUGGUCAGUCCUAUCAGUCACAGAAUCAAUCUGAGACACAAACUACAGACACCACUCCAUCUGAUGCUACCACAGAGUCUAAGGAUUCAAGCUAUCCUGUACCAGAUGUAUCAACUUAUCAAUAUGAUGAAUCAUCUGGAUUUUACUAUGAUGCGCAGACUGGAUUCUACUAUGACCCAAAUUCCCAGUACUAUUAUAACCCACAGACUCAGCAGUACAUGUAUUGGGAUGGAGAGAAACAGACUUAUUUGCCUGCUCCAGAUCAAACUGCACAGCAAAGCAAAACAACCAGUGGGACUAAAAUUAAAGAGGGGAAAGAAAAGAAGGAAAAACCAAAGAGCAGGACAGCUCAACAGAUCGCCAAAGACAUGGAACGAUGGGCUAAGAGUCUAAAUAAACAGAAAGAUAACGUCAAAAGUGCUUUGCAGAUGAUUGCAUCUAAAGAGGAGGAGAGGAGAGAAUCAGCAGCAGCUGAUGCAGGAUUUGCUUUGUUUGAGAAAAGGGGGAUGAUGGAACGGCAGCCAAUGGUACUUGAACCGUUCAGUGGUUUAGUGGAACACCUACGAGAUGAUGAAGAAAGUCCAUUAAAGAGAAAAUCCAGUCCGCUACAGGGUCUUGUAGCAUCAUACAGUGGGGAAAGUGAAGAGGAGGAGCAAGAGACAGUCCAAGAACUGGAAGAAAAGCUGACAGAUUGGAACAAAAUAGCCUGUCUGCUGUGCAGAAGACAGUUUCCCAACAAAGAGGCACUUACUCGGCAUCAACAACUCUCUGACCUCCACAGGCAAAAUUUGGAAAUUCGUAGAAGGUCGAGAAUGUCUGACCGGGAACUUGAGGCAUUAGAAAAAUCAGAAAAUGAAAUGAAAUACCGAGACAGAGCAGCAGAAAGAAGAGAAAAGUAUGGAAUCCCAGAACCUCCAGAACCCAAGAGGAAGAGGUUUAAUCAUGCUGCCACCAUUGAUUUUGAACAGCCAACAAAAAAUGGUAUUAACAGUGACAACAUUGGGAGCAGAAUGCUCCAGGCAAUGGGUUGGAAAGAAGGCUCAGGGCUGGGUCGAAAUCAGCAAGGUAUUACAGCACCUAUACAGGCUCAAACAAGGAUGAAAGGUGCUGGUUUGGGAGCACGAGGAAGUUCAUAUGGUGUUACUACUUCAGAUUCCUACAAAGAUGCUGUUAAAAAAGCUAUGUUUACAAGAUUUAAUGAAUUGGAGUAAUUUGAAAGUGACUGUACAUAUGUAAAUAUUUUUUCCUAAUUUUUGCUACUGGAUAUUUACUUGAGUAAACAGUGCAAUUUGUCUGUAGGAAAUGUAAUUUUUUGAUGCUUUGGUUAAAUCUUAUUUAUGUUAAAUGUACAAUGUACAUUUUGUAUUGUCCAUCAAGUGUAUAAUAA